AGUGCCGGGAGGCGGCUCAGCCCCCGCGGGCAGGGCAGGGCCGGUCCGGUCCGUGGGGGGGCCGUGCGGCGGGUGGCACCCCCCUUCUCUUUUCCUCCUCCUCCUCUUCCUCCUUCUCCUCCUCCUCUUAACUUGGCCGCGGCGGCGCGGGGCGGUGCGCUUCGCCCUCCGCCGGCGGCGGGGGAUGCGCGGGCAGCGACGGGAUGGCCUCGGCCGUGUUUGAGGGUACCUCGCUGGUGAACAUGUACGUGCGGGGCUGCUGGGUGAACGGGAUCCGGCGGCUCAUCAUCAGCCGCCGGGGCGACGAGGAGGAGUUUUACGAGAUCCGCACCGAAUGGUCGGACCGCAAUAUCCUCUACCUGCACCGCAGCUACUCCGACCUCGGACGCCUCUUCAAGCGGCUCCUCGACUCCUUCCCUGAGGACCGGCCCGAGCUGUCCCGCUCCCCCUUGCUCCAAGGGCUCAUCACAAUAAAAGAAGCCCAUGAUAUAGAAGCCAGACUUAAUGAAGUAGAAAAACUUCUCAAGACUAUUAUAAAUAUGCCCUGGAAGUAUUCCAGAUCUGAAGUCGUCCUUACAUUCUUUGAGAGAUCUCCUUUGGACCAAGUUCUAAAAAAUGACAAUGUACAUAAAAUUCAGCCAAGCUUUCAAAGUCCAGUUAAAAUAUCAGAAAUCAUGCGAUCAAAUGGAUUUUGUUUAGCCAAUACUGAAACAAUAGUCAUUGACCACAGUAUACCCAAUGGAAAGGAGAAACACCUGGACGUAGAUUCAGCAGAACACUUGUUUGAAAGUGUUAGUGACUUUACCUCAGAGUUAGAAGACAGUGAUGAUCCAACAGCUUAUGUCACCAACUUGACAUACUACCACCUGGUCCCGUUUGAGACUGAUAUUCUGGACUGAGGCUGCUCAGUGACGCAGUCAGCCAGCAUCCAGCUGACCUCUUCAUCCAUGGGCUCUUCUGUCUCUGGCGUUGCAUCUCUGUGAAUAAGGCUGUGCAGGCAAGACCAACAGCAGAGAAGUUGUAGCAAGUAUGCCCCAAAGGUCAUUUGAUAGUCUGGCCCUCCACUGUGUCUUAUGGAGACAUCUUCUAAAGAGGCAACUCAUCGCUGUUGACACAAACUUGUUUUCUGUGAAUGCAAAGCAGCAGAGGCCUCUUGAGCCUCAAGGAAAUCUCUGCUCUGUCUGUGGGAGCUGCUGCCCUGAUGCAGCCAUCACAAGUGCUGUCACCCGUGGUCCUUGGCUUGCAGUGCAAGUUGAGGCUUCCUCUUCUAUGAUACCACCAGAAACUUCCCCAGAUGGUGUGACCAUGCUUUUUAUGCUAUGUAGGCAAGAAGGCAAGGAAACCAGCAGAAUUUUGUCAGUUCCUUCUAAGGUUGCAUAAUGGAGGUCUUUUGGGUCACUUUUUUGCUCAGCUUCUGGAUGACUGGUGCCUUACACGAGAUGUCAGAACCACCAUUGAGUGCCUCCUGGAAACAAAACACGAGCUGACCGCUUUACUGCUUUUAAUCACGGGUUUUUAUAUGAAUGCUAAAGAGGCAACUACUCUUUCCUGGAACAGUAAAGCACCCAGCAGCUGGCAUUGCAAUGGACUGUGCAUGAUAGUCGGGUACCUGUAUGAUUUCAGAGAUCUGGAAAGAUGAUGGGAAAGCUGAGCUGCCCUGCUAAGAAUGAUCAAGGCUAUGGCAAGGCACUUGAAUAUGACUUCUUUUUUUUAACAUGUGGACCAGCAAAUGUGGAUGGUGCUUAUAGUUGUUUACAUCAGAGAGAUAAUUCCCUAUGCAUAUUUCACCCCAGAGUAUGGGGUGGAAGACAGUGAGUAUUAUGUUGUCUUUGGGCUGAAAAAGAUUGAUAAGCUACAGUGUGUGUACAGUGGUAGGAAAAAGACUCUCUCCACUGCCAGCCUGGCUCAAGGAUUCUGUGUAGCUUUUGGGUAAAUGCCUGCAGGGCCAAGUACAGGCUUUGCUGUCAUGUAAUGCCAUGGAUUUCAGUGGAGGUAGGACAGCGAGUGGGAGCAUGAGCAGGAUUGGGCCCUGCAGCCUCUUGAUUACUGGGUAGUGCAAUUUUAAAAUCUCCUUGGGGUCUCUCUCUCACGUGGAGUGGUCCAAAAUCCUGGCUCUUGCUGAGGGUGCUCAACACUCACCACCAUGACCUUUCAUUGAGCUUUUUGUGAUCUGUUUGCAAACAUGAAUUUGAAAGAGUGGAAAUGAGAAGGAAAGCAUUUUGGACUUGUUUCUUGGUAAAGGGGCUUGCUUUGUCCUGAAGAGGUUGAUACAACUUCCUUCUGCAGACUUUUCAUUUCUAUCUAAAGAAUAACAGUUGAACAGAAUUUGCUAAUGUAAAUAAUAAAUUAUUGAGAAUCUUAAUUCUUUUACACAGUAUGUUUUUGAAAUAUAUUUUAAUGAAAUAAAAUAUAACUCACCUUCAGUAUACUUCUGCAGCUUCAAACAGCAGCUUCCUUUUCUUUUUAUUUUUUCCCCCAACCUUUCCAAAUCCUCUUUCUUUUUCUACUUGUUUUGGCAAGAUGUCAAGUUUUGGCAUUUUUUCUGUGCUCCAUGCAUUUUCCAUACUAUAGAUAUAGUGUAUACCCAUGGGUAACCUCUCCACCUGAGUGUUGAUCCUGUCUCUAGGUGUAUGUGGGUUUGUGCCACUGAGUUUAGUGGAGUAAUUCUCCAUUUUCAAGACCAUAAGUAAAACAGAAUCUGUAUUUUGAAGACAAAGCAGAUAUGUUACAUUUCUGGAAUAGAAAGGGAUAUGUUUUCACUUGUGCAAAGGCUUUCUGAGCAGCCUCUUGAAUUGUAAUUGGGAAGGUUUGUUGUAUAUUUGUUUCACUCACAUUAGUUUUAACUUUUCUGUUAGUGAAAAACCUUGAUGGGGUAGAAAUAACCUAGUAAACAUGUGCAUUUGAUUGGGAGUUGGAAUAUUUGAAUUAAUUUCCUGGCCCUGCUGUCAGCCUACCAUGUUGCUUUGGGUAAUUCUACUUCAUCUCCCUGCCCCUGAUUUUUACUUGAGUAAUGUUUUGAAAAGUAUCAAGUUUCAUUGGGUUUUGAUGCAACAUUGUCCCCUGAUUAAUUUGAAUUUCCCUAUGAAUUUUUAACCUCAUGGUGAUUACUUAUAUUUUUUAAGCAUUUUAAAAUAUAUGUUUUAAAACAUAACUAACUUUUAAACUGUAAAAGCACAUUCCUCAUUUGAAAACCAGCUAAGCUACAUGCACAGUAAAGUCUUUGGGGAAGGGGGAGUCUAGUGCAAAGGAACUAAUCAAUAAACAGAAGUUGCACUUGUUUCACUUAGAUUUUUUGAAAGCCAUCUUGAUCAAGUAUUUUCCAGAAAUGAUGUCAUGUGAUUUAUUUCUCUUAGCUGAAAUAGGCUUAUCUGAUAUAUCUAAUUAAUGCAAA